AUGGAAGAAUCCAAGGAUAUGGGCGAUCCUCCCUUGCUGAUCCUAGAGAAGCCCGAAUAUGAGGUGGAGAUAACUGCAACGCAUCCUAUGCCAGUGGACCCUGUGGCUGCAUUCAAGCGUUGGAUGAAUAGCUUCCGAUCCCGAAGAUGCUGUCCCCCACCCGAAAGAUACGUCGAGGGUUGGCCAAUGGAAGUCAAGCCAGAUGACCGAGACCUUCUACCGGACUUGCUACCCUCGAAUGAGUACCAGGAAAAACAAUGGGAGUCCUUGUCUCCCCGUUCGUCCAAUCUUGGAACCGUUAAGACGGCUACUCUGAGCAUUACUAGCCAAAGUGUGGUACGGUCGAGGGGAACUACACAGAGCACAACAAAUCAAAGUAUAAGGUCCGAUGCUCGUGAAUCGCUAGACAGCAUCAGACCCGCGUUGAAUUCCUCAAUAGAUGAGGAAGCCCAACACAGGGCCAUUAAGAGGCGACGUGUUCUCCGAGAACUGAUCACUACCGAAUGUGACUAUAUAUUCGGCUUGAAAGCACUUGCGGAUGCCCUUUUCAUAUUUUCUGCCAGACCAGAGAUUUACCACAAUGUUCAACAGAUCCGAGACACGCAUGAGAACUUCCUUGCUCAGAUUCGAAAGCUGACACCCAUAUCGAAUUUGGCAGCGGCUGAGUUCGACAGUCUGAUGCCUCGGGGGAUUCACAAGCGUUUGAGUGCAAUUGACUUUGGUUUGAGGACUUUGCAUGCUAAAUCUCUGCGAUCACGCAGCUUUAGGGCUUCUAUGGAUUCCCGUCUCAAAGCCUUGGCUGCGGAGACAAAAGAAGCUUUGCAGGUUGCGCUAGAAGUCGGAAACUUGUCGGCGUCUUUCACAGCAUACAGAUUAUUCUGUAAAAACUAUGGCUUGCUCACAGUGGACGUUAACUUUCUCCGCCAGUCUGUACCGGAUUGGCGUAUAUUCGACCAGGGUAUUGAAGCUCUAUCAAAAUCGGUAACAUCGUUGGAACGGCAGACAAAGGAGGAAAAUAGAGCUAUGUCUUUGAAUGACCUUCUGAUCAAGCCGGUUCAGCGUCUGUGCAAAUACCCUUUGCUGCUUGAGGAAUUGUUACGAUGGACACAUAUCCAAGACGACCCAUCUGCCCAUGACGGCAUCCGACAGGUCCUCGAACAAGUCCGCGCGGUGGUGUGCGAAGUAAAUCAAAUUACCGACAACCCUGUUAGCAAGGCACUAGUGAAGCAGACGUUUUUGCUACAGAGCUUCAUGGACCUAUCAGCAUCGAACACGAUCGAUAACAUCUACAAGCAACUGGGUCCUUUGAGCCUCUGUGGGGUUCUUCACAUCACAUACCAGACACCUGAGUAUAUUACGGGAGGAUACAUGGUCUGCAUUCUAUUCACCUAUCAUUUCGUGAUUGCCAAACCAAGCAAUGACUACCGAAGGCUUCAGGCAUUAGCAUGCCUGUAUAUUUCUGACAUGAAGAUCGAUUCAAUCAGAAACGGAGAAGGUGAGGAAGCUGCCUAUGACGGUCGCCUUUCUCUGGGAAAGAACUAUGAAUUGGUGCUCAGUGCUUCGUCAGCACGUGAAGAAAAAAAAUGGGAAACUGAGAUGCUCAAGUCUGCGGCCGUAUUAACUGACAUACCGAAGUCAGUAGUGGCGAAGCUGAAAGAAUACUCAUUCCUGUCUCUGGAGUUGGCCCCAUUGAAUUGCGGCAACGGUCCCCUGCCUCUCUUACCUCGCCGGCCAUCUAUGCAGGCACUGGCUACGUCGCGGACUCUACCAGAUUCACAGAACAUCAUAAUCAAAAAGACGCAUUGUCCACAAAAACUCCAGAUGACGGAAUCUGUGGACGGGGAAAUCGAGCGGCCAAAGAUGUCUUCCUUGUGUCCAGCGCUUAUACUGACCGCCAGGAGACAAGAUCGGAUACUGCUAGAACGUGCCAUUUCUUCUUUCUACACGCGGGACGCUCUUCCAUACCCUGGAAUGACUCUGGGCAAGGGGGACAUUUUUCAUAGUCCUGGGUCCCUUAUGAGACACCUGAGCCGCCGGCCGGGAUUGUACCGACGCUCCAGCUGUGUGAGCCUCAGCACCGGAGGACAUCCUCUUAAGUCUACUACAGAAGUGGCAUAUUCAGAUGAGAUAAAAGACCCUAGGAAGCUUGCAAAGAGUCAGGAGAAGAGUUUACGAAAUGUAUCUAGAGGCAAGCCAACAACUCCGGAGACAGACAAGGGACCUAUCUUGCCGCGACAUAGCAAGGAAAGCAUUAGAAGGUCCAAGACAUGGAAAGGGAAAGGGGGACCGAAAGCGACGUUCAAGGCUGAGAUCAUUCCGACCAGUAAUGGCAACAAAGGAACGGAGACUCCCGACGGCUGUUCCUUGAAGGCAUCUGCUAUCCGGAGAAUGUUCAAUUCGAUGUCCUCCCGACGAACGAAAAGACAGGGUCGCAUGGGGCUUGGAAGUGGAGUGUGA